AUGCCGCUGCCUGCCAAGAACUGGAAGCAACGCUGGUUCACCUUGGUAGCCCCAACCAUCUUCAACGAUGCAGAGAUCAAGCCCGUCCAACUCAUUUACUACCGAGAUGCCAAGGCGUCCACCCGCCUGGGCAUCAUCGAACCCCGAUAUGCCAUCGCCAUCCGUGAAGCCGACGCGUUGGCCCCCCACAAUGGCUUCAAAUAUGGCUUUGAGCUGGAAAUGCCUGGCCGCACCUAUCUGCUGCAGAGCAGCACAGCGUCCGAACGAGAAGAAUGGAUUCACAUGCUCCAAGAUUGCAUCGAAGUCGGGGGUAAGCAGCGCCUGAUCAUCAACCCCACCUUCCCGUGUCACCCAUCGACUGGAGGGGGCGCCGACCACCUCAAGCUCAACCUCGACCUCGGCCUUGACCUCGGCCCCACCCUUUUAGCCGAUCGGCCGACGAGCAUUGUCUCCUCCAAUGAUGAAGACGACACCAAGGUCAAAUCCUGGAAGCGGCGCUACUUUCAUCUGCGCGGCGAAUACAUUGUCUACUAUCGUGCCAAGGGUAUCUCACCUCCGUUGGGCCAGAUUGACCUCAAUGAAUGCGUGAGCGUGGGCGAGCGUGACGAUCCUACCCUCCAGUUUGCAUUCGAAAUUUGCACACCGGAACGAACCUUCCUCCUGCAAGCAGAGGCCCAGGAGGAUCGCCACAUGUGGUUGCAAGCCAUCCGUGCUGUCCUCUCGACAAGGGAAGCCAGUCGGAUUGAGGAAGGCUUUGACUCUGACCCGGCCCCUGAAGAACACGACCCUCUUCCACUAUAG